ACAAACAAACUAGCAACAGUUAGAGCAACAGCCUGUGUCCCAAAGAUAAUCAUGCGAAGAAAAAAACUUCUCUAAACUGCUUGUGGCACUUUUCGCGUCUGUCAUUUUAUUGACCACAGCACCGCGAGUGCCACGAGAGGAAAGGCUCUGAUUGGAAGAUGAAUUUCUCUGAGGUUUUCAAGCAGUCCAACCAGCUCUGUAAAGUUUCCCCUGAUGGAAAGUAUUUGGCUACCUGUGUGCAGUACAGGUUGGUAGUGCGUGAUGUGAGCACCCUGCAGAUCCUGCAGCUCUACACCUGCCUGGACCAGAUAUCCCACAUGGACUGGUCUUCCGACUCCCUCUUUAUCCUCUGUGCCAUGUACAAGAGAGGACUAGUACAGGUGUGGUCUCUUGAACAGCCAGACUGGCACUGUAAGAUUGAUGAGGGCUCAAUAGGACUAGUCUCCUCGCGCUGGAGUCCAGACGGACGUCACAUUCUCAACACCACUGAGUUCCAUCUGAGAAUCACCGUCUGGUCCCUGUGCACCAAAGCUGUGUCUUACAUCAAGUAUCCAAAAGCAUGUCAGAAGGGUAUAGAUUUCAGCCGAGACGGCUGCUAUAUGGCCUUGGCUGAACGUCGUGACUGUAAAGACUAUGUCAGUGUGUUUGUGUGUGAUGACUGGCAUUUGCUCAGGCAUUUUGAGACUGAGACACAGGACCUGGCAGGGUUGGAGUGGUCUCCCAAUGGCUGUGUGCUGGCAGUGUGGGAUAGCUGUCUGGAGUACAAGGUGUUGCUGUAUUCUUUGGACGGCCGGUUGCUGUCAACCUACAGUGCCUACGAGUGGUCGCUGGGUGUCAAGUCUGUGACCUGGAGCCCCAGCAGCCAGUUCCUUGCCAUUGGCAGCUAUGAUGAAAAAGUGCGCAUCCUCAAUCAUAUCACGUGGAAGAAAAUCACACAGUUUGAGCACCCAGCAACCAUCAACAACACAAAAGCAGUUGUGUACAAGGAAGUGGAGAAAAGACCAGCUGUUGGUGGUGAUGACCUAUCGCUACACAACAUCACAAUUGGCACCACCCUCUUCAAAACCCAGAGCAAAUAUGAGAUCUGCCCACCACCAGUCCAAAUUCCUGUCGUCAAACCAGACCCAGACAGAGCCAACCCUAAGAUCGGUGUCUCUACUUUGGCGUUUAGCUCCGACAGUCGCUAUCUAGCCACCAAAAAUGACAACAUGGCCACUGUUGUCUGGGUGUGGGACAUGCAGAAGAUGAGCCUGGAGGCUGUGCUUGAGCAGACAUCGGCAGUACGAUGUUUUCAGUGGGACCCCCGACGACCCCGGCUGGCACUGUGUACAGGCAACACAAAACUCUACCUCUGGUCUCCGGCCGGCUGCGUCUCUGUCCAAGUCCCCACUGAAGGUGGUUUCCAGGUCCAUUCAUUAAACUGGCACUGCAGUGGAGACUCCCUGAUCCUGCUCGGGAAGGAGCAGCUGUGUUUGUGCUACAUGGACACUGACGAGGAGGACAAGUAAAACGCACAAAAACACAAGAAUAACUGGAUUACAGUUCUGGUGUAUUUAGCCUUAAACACGUGGCUCUGAAUGUGUUAAGGUGAUGAUAAGAAAACAGUUGGGAACGCUCCUCUUGAAAAUCCCAACACAUGCUGAACUGUAGCUGCUCGCCGGGCUCUUAAAGAACUUAGUGAAACACAUAGAGAACCUACCAUGACAUUCCUCCAGGGAGACACAGAAAGGAUAAAUAUCGCUUUUUAAAUAACCAAAUGCAUAUUGAAGCACUAGUUUACAACACUGUGAGAAGGUAGAGGUUAACAAAGUUUUAAAAAUUUCAUUGUAAUUUCAUUGUAAGCAUUUUGUAUUUGUUUAGUAUUUAAAAUGUGUAAUUAUUUUUCAAUAAAUUUGUCAUAGAUAAUGCAGCAUGAGGCAAGUUACUAAAAUUUUGGUCAUCAAAAUCCUUGUGUUACCAAAACAGUUGGUGUUCUCAGCCCGGGCAGUACUAAAUAUAUAAGGGCUAUGUAAUGAUGCUCUGAUCAAUCGGCCACACGUCAUAUUAUUCCUAUGAAAUGGUUUGGUUAGUUAUCUCUAUAAAGACAGAUCAGAAAUGCAGAUCAUAUGAUGCAAAACAAAUAAGUUACUUUCUCUUCUGGCACUUCUAUCAGGUCCUGAAAAAGACAAUUUGAAAGCAGAGGAUAUCCCUUGUAGAUCAGUGAAACCAAAAAAGUUCAACACCAUGAACCUCAUCUGACACUUUAAGUGUAGUCAUGUCAAGGAAUAUGACAAAUUUUCAAGGCAACCCAAUAAGUUACCAGCUUUCAUGAUACUUUCUCAUUGCUUUAUUUUUAUAUUUAAUAUACAACAUUGUUAGGAGUAGUUAUAAAUAAGACUAUAAAAUAAAUACAAGGCUUCAUGUAGACCAAUGAUAAGAAUCGGCUAAUACAGCUUUCAGGAAUCCGUGAUUGGGCCCAAACAUCCUGAUCAGAGCACCCUUACUUAGCCUUAAGGCAUCUUCUGUCUGUGUGAUUUAUUUAUAAAAGCUUACAAUUCUUAAAACUGUCCGGCAACUUGAACUGUAACUUGAUCACUUUGUUGCCGUCAUCGACAGUGUAAACGUGUAUAAAUGCACUUCCCCACAAUAACCAGAGCUGAAACCCUGACAAGAACAUGUAGGCAUUUAUUAUUCUCCAUUGUGGCUACUGUGCUACAAAUAUGUGGAACAAAAAGUAAACCUUCACAUGUUUGUAAUAACGAGUUCAUCUCUUUUAAAAUCUCUAAAUACUUCAUAGCUGGCAUUGAAAUAUUUAUCUUCUGCAAGCAUUCAUGAGUUAACUGCAUCAAAAUCAUAACAGAUAAAUAAAACUUAAUUAGUAUAUACAGAUCCAUUUAGGAUAAGCCUUUUAAAAACAUUUGCCAUGCAAACUCAACGUGCAGGAAACAUGCACAAGUAAAGACCAGAAAAAAGGCAUUUGGGACACAAUUAUUCAUUGGCAUUGUUGAACAUAAAAAUAUGGCCGGUUACCUUUGGUAGCGCAACAAUGUAUGGAAAAAGAAAAAAAAUACCUAUGUCCUUUUCACAAGAAACAUACUGUAUGAGGUUAAUGAACUAAUGCAAAGCUUUGUGUGUGCAAAUUUGUUUCUAAAACUAAUGCAGGACCUUUAAGGCAACUUAAAAACAAAACGAAACAAAAAAACAUAAAGACUGACAUAACAUGUAACCAUAAUUAACAUAAUGAUUACAUGUUGCAUAAAACAUCUGUGACAUACAGCAACAUUUUAGCUAUAGCAGCUAAUGCAACUCUCCAGAGGAUAACUCCCUACUCUGAGCAAAGACAUAAACGGGUGAUUGUAAGUGUGGA